CUCCCGUUCUUCGGAACCAACUGCUCUGCUGAGCUACCCGAGCUCACCCCCUCCUUCUCUUCUUCUUCGUCUUCUUCUUCUUCUUCUUCAAUGGCGAUCCAAAUCAAUCCGACUCAUCUCCGCCUUCAUUCGAGCUCUCCACUGCCUUCCACCCCGUUGAGUAGUCUGCGAGCUCUCGCUCUUGGAUGUCCGCGCUCCAUUGGCUGCAGUCAGGGCAGAAGGAACCUCCACAUUUGCCGGUCCUCUGUGGUCGAUGAGUGGGAAAGGACCUCUUCGUUCACGGAACCGGAGACGCAGCUCAUCGAAGCCCUGCUCGGGAUUCAAGGCCGCGGUCGCUCUGCUUCUCCCGAGCAACUCAAGGAUGUUGAGAGGGCAGUGCAAGUUCUGGAGGGAUUACAAGGAGUGCCUAAUCCGACAAGCUCGGAUUUGAUCGAAGGCCGCUGGCAACUGAUGUUCACGACUAGACCGGGGACAGCAUCACCUAUACAGAGGACAUUUGUUGGACUUGACUUCUUUAGCGUGUUUCAAGAGAUAUAUCUCAGAACCAAUGAUCCUCGUGUAUCCAAUAUCGUAGUCUUCUCUAAUGCAAUUGGUGAACUCAAAGUAGAGGCAGCCGCAUCGAUAGAGGAUGGCAAAAGGAUCCUUUUUAGGUUUGACAGGGCAGCAUUUUCGUUUAAGUUUCUGCCAUUUAAGGUUCCAUAUCCGGUGCCAUUCAGGCUUCUGGGUGAUGAAGCAAAGGGUUGGUUAGACACUACAUAUUUGUCCAAGACAGGAAAUCUCCGUAUAUCCAGAGGAAAUAAGGGAACCACCUUUGUGCUGCAGAAGAUAAGCGACCCCAGGCAAAUGUUGCUGUCCGAUAUUUCUACUGGCAAAGAUGUUAAAGAGGUUGUAGAGAAAUUUAUUUCAACCAAUCAGAACGACAUCAAUGGUGAGUUUGAACUAGUCGAGGGAGAAUGGAAAAUGAUCUGGAGUUCACAGAUGGAAACUGAUAGUUGGAUAGAGAAUGCUGCUAAUGGUCUAAUGGGAACACAGAUUAUCCGAAAGAACGGGCAAAUAAAGUUCGUUGUCAACAUCUUGCCUGGGUUUAGGUUUUCCAUGAUUGGGAAGUUUGCGAAAUCAGACACGAGCACUUACAAUCUCACAAUGGAUGAUGCGGCGAUAAUAGGGGGACCAUUUGGGUAUCCCGUAGAGAUGGAAACCAAGCUUAAGUUGAAACUGCUAUACAGUGACGACAAGAUCAGGAUCUCCCGUGGACACAAGGACAUCAUUUUUGUGCACCUCCGAGUGGAUGGAUCGAAGAAAUGAUGCAAACAGCAGGAUCAGAAAGAUAUUUUUGUGGCUGAAGAUUCCAUUAUAUCCGUGGCAAGCAAUGCCAUGUAAAUAUGUACACUGCAUAUAAGUAGUUGCUGUGAUUUAACAAGCAGAGAUCAUCUUAGCCUGGUCAGUUUUACAAACCAGUUCCAUGUCGAAUUGAGAUGAUGCUCAAACGACCAAACCAAAGAGAAUCGGUUUUCUCAGCUCAGUUUUUUCAUUUGAUUUUGAGGCAUUUUGUUC